AUGGAACCACCUGCGCCAGAGCCACUUGUCAAUUCAAGAGACACCCAGCACGAUGGCACUAGCCACUUGGCCGUCAAGAAUACCUUGAUCCGACGCCUCCUCACCCUCCUCGUGCUCAGGACCACGUCGCGCUUGUAUCCGCCUUAUGGUUCGUGUAUUCAAAUUUCCAGGAACAUCAUCGUCAAGAGAGACCGAUUUGUGCACCUCACAGAGGCUGCCACCAUGAACUUCGUUGCUGCAAACACGUCGAUACCUCUGCCACGGGUACAUUGUGCCUUCGUCCACAACAACAUUGCCCACAUCGUAAUGGAGCGCAUUGACGGACAAUCCCUGGCAAAUGCUUGGCCCUCAUUAUCAGAUCAGGACAAGAAGAGCAUUUUAACACAGCUACGAGCCAUGGUUCAAGAGCUUAGGGCAAUUAAACCUCCUCCCCAGACUGGGGUGCAGAGCUGCACCGGUGGCUCGUUGACAGACUCCCGAAUCCCUCACUGUCAACCCAGAUUUGGGCCCUUUAAAACAAUUCAAGAGUUCCAUGUUUGGCUGCGCCAAAACUUUCGCCCAGAGGAUUACCCCACGCACCAGGACGACCAGGACUGGCAAGACCUCAAAGAAAUGAAGAGAAUGCAAGACGGACCGUGGCCACCCCCUGUCUUCACCCAUGGCGACUUGAAUCCCUCCAAUAUUUUCGUUCGCGGCGACCGCGUCGUCGGCAUCAUUGACUGGGAGUUUGCUGGUUGGUAUCCCCAUUAUUGGGAGUAUACAUCUGCUUGGUACUGCAACAGGUUAUGGAAGGACUGGCAAGACAAGAUUUCAGAUUUCCUGGACCCCUAUCCUGCCGAACUACAAAUGGAAAUCACACGCCAAAAGGCAUGGGGAGAUUUUUGA